AUGUUCGGAGACGAGCCUGGUAUUUUUAGGCAAGAAUUCAAUGAAGCGACGGAGAGUCUAGCAGCCACUUACUGUUGGUCCGCGAUGGAGGAAGCAGAUAUUGCUCACUACCUCAUCGAGUUUCGCAAUCGGCUUAAAUUCCGUACCCAUCAAUUUGAGACUGCUAAGGCUGAAAUUCCACAUGAGAUGGAUUUGAAUACUUGGGCUGCAGUUCUUUAUGCUCUGAUUUCCUGCUGGGUAUGCUUCGUACAACACGGCGGCUUCAAAUCCGAUACGUGGAGACCCGAAGACGAUGCUGCUGCGUGUAUUGCGCAGUUCUCCUUUUGUGUAUCGGUUCUCGCUUGA